AUGGCGCGGAGAAAACGCCCAUUCCUUGAGGACGACGACUCCUCUUCUGCCUCUGACGAUGACGACAACCACGACUUUGACGACAAUAACGACCCCGAUGCGCGAGCCGAGCGCGAGUUGUUUGAGAAUCCGUACAAGCGGAAACGGAGACGCAAGAACGGGAAGGAGGACGCGAUCUAUGGAGUCUUCGGUAGUGACGAGGAGGAUGCGACGCCCGAGAAGCCACGCGGAAAGGCGCGAACGAAGGCUCCUGCGUUCGUCUCGGGAGGCUCGAAGGUCCCUUUGGAGGAGGAUGAACCCAUGGAGAAUCAGGAAGGGUCCGCAGCAGAGCAGGACGACGUGGAUAGUGCUGAAGAUGUCUCUUCGAUGUCUUCCGACGACGAACCUUCGAAACCUGCUUCGCCGCGGGUCCGUGAGGAGGGAGCAGAGGAGGAAGAGACGCGACCACGCUUCGGUGGACUGGGCCUUGGUGCGAGCAAGGGCGGAAUUGGCUCCUCGACGGGUGGCAUAGGUUCUUCCAAGGGUGGCAUAGGCUCGUCGAAGGGAGGCAUAGGUUCCGCGAAGGGUGGCAUAGGUUCCUCCAAAGGAGGUAUCGGCAGCAACUCCGCCCCCAUGCCCUUCCAACGGGGAGGCAUCGGGUCCUCACACCCAGAGGUGCCCGAAUCCUCUGCUUCGCCCUCGCUUUCGCCCGCCCCAGCAGCUGCAGAAGACUUCCCGACUGCCUUCGGUGCCCAGCGUACGCAACGCUCCUUCGUGCGCAAGCCCGAUACCAGUGGAGGAAACUCGGGCACUACCACUCCGCUCACAGCGGCAGAACGGCAGCAUUUCAGCAAGAUCUCGGGCACGUUCGGUGCGCGGAUGCUCGAGAAGAUGGGUUGGCAGGCGGGGUUGGGUCUCGGUUCCACUGGAGAAGGCAUCGUGACCCCUGUGGAGAGCAAGCUGCGUCCGAAAGGUAUGGGUCUCGCCUUUAAGGGCUUCAGAGAGAAAACCGAACAGUCAAAGGCCGAGGCACGACGGCGGGGCGAAACUGUCAGUGAGGACGAUGAAGAGUCGAAGGCAGCUGCGCGUAAGGCGCGCAAAGCAGCUAAGACGCAAAUUGCGAAGACGGACGCUUGGAAGAAGCCCAAGCGGACGAAGACCAGGGUCGAACACAAGACAUAUGAGGAGAUCAUCGCCGAAGCCGGUCAAGAAGCUCCUCAAGCAAGCCUUGGGCAAAUCAUCGAUGCCACUGGUGCAACGCUCCGAGAAGUAUCAUCCUUGGCCGAUGUGUCAAUGGCGUCCUGGACUCCAACCACAGACCCCAUGCGACUGCCAGAGAUUCGCCACAAUUUGCGUCUCAUUACGGAGUCUUGUAGGACGGACCUGGAUGGCCUCGCACGCGAAGCUCGUGCCUUAGAGGAGCGCAAGAAGUGGAUACGUGCUGAAGACGAGAGACUGCGGCAGCAGGUGGAUGGAGAGGCAGAACUUAUCGCGCGAUUACAGCAGAUGAAUCUCGUCGUGGACGAGAUCAAUACUCAAGCGCGAGAAACAGCCUCCCUCUAUGAGGCCUCCCUGGAGCCCUUUACGACAGGUUUCGACAAGCUCUUGGGACAGUUCGCGAGGGAGUUCGACCGCUAUCGUUUGGACGAGGUCGUUGUCGCCGCCAUUGCGCCGGUGGUCCGGAGGAUGUUGACGUCCUGGCAACCACUUGAAGACCCUACAGCCUUCACAGCCAACUUCCGUACGUGGCGGCGAGCACUCAAGAUGGCUUCUCCCGAGGAGAAACCAGUGACUCAAGUACAAGUUUACGGGAGCAGUACAGUGGUCUCUGUGGCACCAGUUGUAGAAAAACCCAUGACACCCUACGAAAGCCUCUUGUGGAAUACCUGGCUCCCGCGCGUGCGGUCGUCUCUAAACAACGACUGGACGCCCGAAGACCCAUUGCCCGCCGUUCGUCUAUUUGAGGCGUGGUCUCCGUUCCUCCCGCCAUUCAUCAGAGAUAACUUCUUCGACCAACUUGUCCUCCCGAAGGUACACAAGGCUGUUGGCGAUUGGAGCGCACGCAAGAGCAAGGUCUCGCUACAGAAGCUCGUUUUCCCGUGGCUACCACAUAUAGGCCUACGAUUGGAGGAUGUACUUGGAGACGCCAGACGCAAAGUGAAGAGCGUUCUCAGAGCCUGGACAACUUCCGAGGCCAUUCCAGAAGACCUCGGUGCCUGGCGAGAGGUCUUCGAUGUGGGCGACUGGGACACUAUGCUAUUGAAGUAUGUUGUACCGAAGCUUGGUUCCAGGAUGCGGGACGACUUCCGCGUCAAUCCCCGCCAACAAGACAUGCAGCCGCUGCAGGACGUUUUACUCUGGGAACAGCACCUUCGCCCGUCCAUUUUCUCGCAGAUUCUCGAGACGGAGUUCUUCCCGAAGUGGCUCGACGUCCUCCACAUUUGGCUCAUCCAGCCAAAUCCCAGCUUCGAGGAGGUUUCGCGAUGGUACUCGUUCUGGAAAGGCUCGUUCCCCGAGAACGUGCAGAACAUGCCCGGGAUCGCGCAUGGCUUCACGCGCGGGCUACAGCUUAUGAACAAGGCGCUCGAGUUAGGACCGGACGCGCCCACACGUCUCCCCCGCCCGGACCAUCGCCAGGCCACACCUGCCCCGGCAGCGAAGCCGAAGGAGAAGCCCCGCCCUGCUCGGACACAAGAGAUCACGUUCCGCUCUAUCAUCGAAGAUUUCGCGGCGUCACACAACUUGCUCCUGAUUCCUACCGGUCGUGUGCACGAGCAGUCGCGUAUGCCGCUGUACCGGCUAUCGCAGAGCACGGACGGGAAGGGUGGCAUCCUGGUGUACAUUUUGGACGAUGCAGUGUGGGCCGACGAUGGCGGGGAGUACCGCGCGAUCACGCUGGAGGAUAUGGUGCUGAGGGCGACGAAAGCGGACAGCCGUGCGGUGUAGGUUGUAGGAUUGGGUUUGUAUUCUAGCGUCAUCGGAUCUUGCGUGCUCCAUCACAGCAGCUACCUGAACAGGCUGCGCC